CUUAUUUGGAUUACUGCCUCUACUGGGUCGCGUAGUAACAGAUUGCUAAAAGUCAAGGUCGAGGCGAUAUGCACACGAUAACUGAGGGUCGUGAAUCACCGGCUGGGCCAAACACGAAUCCGGACAGCGACCAAGGAGAAGAUGAAUCCAGCCCUCGAGGUUCUCUCCUCGGGGUAGACCACAGUCGAAGACAUCGCACCGCCUUCACCCGAGAGCAACUGUCUCGCCUCGAGCAGGAAUACUGCAAGGAAAGCUACGUUUCUAGGCCCAGGAGAUGUGAACUUGCGGCCACACUGAAUCUCCCAGAGACUACCAUUAAGGUCUGGUUCCAGAACCGGCGCAUGAAGGACAAGAGACAGAGGCACAGCCUGAGCUGGCCCCACCCCCUGGACCCCAGCCUGUGUGCCCUGAUGGUUAGCCAGGCCAGCGCAGCAGCAGGCCUCACCUACCCCGGCCUCCUCCCACACCUCCCCCUGCACCUCUACCCUCACCUGGGCUUGGCCCCCGCCGCCGCCACCCCCCUCACCGCAGCCUACGGCCCACCCUUACGACACCUGGACCCCCUCCACCGUCUCUCCCAGUCUCCUUACCCCAGGCUGGGGGGGCUGCCUCCACCAGCGGCGGCAGCCCUGUACCCCCAUCAUGCCCAUGCCCACACCGCCACCAUGCACCACCCGGCUGCCUGCCCCUGUCCCCACUGCCUGCACUGGGGGGCCGAGCAGCUCCUGAAGGCCAGAGGGGCCACCUCCUUCACUCUGACCCCAGCCAGCAGUCCCAAGGCGGCAGGGGUUGCCAUGGACCACAGGGAGGAGGUGCCCAUGCCAAGAUGAUUGGCUGAGGACACUGGGAGUCUCAUGCAACCAGGGCCGCUGACAGCUUUCACUGGGCCCAGGACAAAGUCAUCUGAAAGGGCCCGUUACCCUAUACAUACAAUGUAAUGGGGAACCAAUUCUGGGCCCCCUAUCUCACUGGGCCCGGGGCAACAUACUCCUUUGUCCCCCCCUGUCUGCGGGCCCGCUUGCAACUAACGUCAGGAAUCCCUUUACUCUUGCAACUGACAGUCCCUUUCUCUCAACUGAAUCUCUUGCAACUGAGUCCCCCUUUUUUUUUGCAACUGACUACUCUCUUGACUCAACCGAGUCUCUUUUCUCUUGCAGCUGAAUUACAAGACACGUCUUCAACACAUUUUAUUGUCAUCAUUAUACCGUUUUUUAGAACAACAAAACUAUGUAGGGAGGCAAGGUCACAGAAGUGACAAGUGACGAUUGGAAAACCAUGAUUCAUUUUGGUGCGUUUAGAACACAGACAUUUCCAUUCCGAUUUUUUUAUAUGCAAAGUGUGCCACACGAAGUGUCUGUCUCUGCUCUGUGUUUUUCUUUUGUCCGCACCGCAGGCUGAGAAUCGAUUACACAAGAAUAACUCCAAUCUUUUUUCAGCAUGGACAUGACUUUUUUAUGGACACAAUGUCUUGUGUACCAGAGGGCCCUUUUUACAGAACUGUAACCUGAAGUUAAAUAAUAGCUGUGCGUGCAAUAGGUUUGAAAUCAUGUGACUGUUUAAUGUUGAAUUGUUAAUAAUGUUGUGUGGCUACAUAUGGUAAAUAUGUAACAUGUGCACACAUACAGUUUGCAUUAAGUGACAGGGUUGCUUUGUGAAAAAUGUGUUGAAAAUCAUUGUGACCAAAUAUGUGAA